AAAGUUUGGUGGAGGUUAGGCCAAAGACUGGUGUCAGCUCUGAAUUAAACGCCACACUGUUGAGCUGUGACACCCACCCAUAAGUCUCCCUUUCUUCUUCUUCUUCACCAUUUCUCUAAAUUCCCCAAACCCUAAUAACAAUCACAUAUAAACUCCCUCCUCUCUCUCUUUUCCCUCACCACAGGGAUUGCAGCAUUUUGGAUGAAAUAGUGAGGGCCCACUUCGAGUUAUCCCCAUCUUUCAUCAAUCCUCUGUUCCAAUUUCGUUUUCUUGCUUCUUUUUUCUUUGGUUCUUUACCCUUAUUUAGGAUGUUAACGUGCCGAGUCGAGCUUUGUUGGGUUUUCAAAUAAUUGGUCCCUUUUCUUGUGUUCUCGACAAAGAGAAUAGUUGUGACAGUGAUAUUCUUUGCCUGUCUUUGAUUUGGACAAAGAUAUUGGGUUGUGGAUUCUCAGAUAUGGCCUACGGGUCUAUGUAUUGGCACCCAUGCAUUUGAUGGGUACAGAUAGUUUCCCUUUUUCUUGUGCUCUUGACAAGAAUCGUGAUAGUGAUAGUAUCUCUUUUUCAGUCUUUGAUUUCCACAAAGAUAUUGAUUCGUUAUACCAAAAGUUGGCAGGUAAAUGUUCCAAAAUUAGUCGAACAUCCUGUGUUAAAAAAAAGUUUGACAGAUUCUGCUGUGUAUUUCCACUCAUUUUGUUUGAGGAGGGCAUAUCAGUUUAUUUAAUCUGGUGAAAAUUGUUUGAUAUUAACCCGUUCCUUUGUAACCCUCCAAUCUCUAACUGACACCUGCCCCCACUUUGUGUGGCCUUGUGAUUCCCGUUUCUUCAUGGUGGGUGGCAAAUUCACUGUAUUUGGAUGCCAAAAGCAUUUAACAAGAAGCACCAAAUGUGUUUUUGAUCUUUGUUCUGUCAGCCUCUUUUUACUACAAACAAUCAAAGCUUGUCGGCUGCAGUGUCUACACAUGUCCCUCUCAUGAAAAUCACUAACCAUUAAAAGGACCACUUGUAAUUUCCGUGAAUUUCUGAUGUCCAUGAAACUCUUGCUUUCACUAUAAGAGAUCAACAGAAAAGACAGAAAAUCAUUUCAGUUUCAUCUUCGCAUCUUUAUAUAUACUCCGUAUAUAGCUGCAACCAAUAUUUCCUUAUUUGUUUGCGAUCACACCUCUUUUCUUUUCAGUCCUAAACCAAGAACCCAUUUCUGGAUUUAUCCUAAUCCAAUGAUUUUCAUCAUGAUAUACUGUUUUUCUUUCAUCCUACUUUCCAAGUCCUCUCUCAAGACACUCCCAGUCUUGAAUAGAGGGGUGAAGAAAUUGUCAUCAAUUCCAUGGCUUUGUAGAGAAUUGCCUCAUUUCCUCAGAAAGAGUAUGAUUGCAAUCACUUCUUUUCAAGUUUCCUCAAUUAUGCCUUUCCUGGAGCCCAUCAGUUCAAAACAAGAAAAUGUGCAACAAAUUGAGGAGAUUUCUCUGUUGGAUUUGCCUGAAUUGGCCUUGGAAUGCAUUCUUGAACGGCUUUCGCCGGCCGAGUUAUGCAACUUAUCAGGUGCUUGUGUUGCUCUGAGAGAAAAGUGUACAAGUGAUCAUCUAUGGGAGAGACACAUGAAACAGAAAUGGGGUAGGCUAAUUGGUGAUGCUGCUUAUAGAGAAUGGCAAUGGCACAUUGCAUCAAGAAAGAGGCCCACCCUUUUGAAUGGCACAAAGCAGAAAGAAGUCUUUGGGUAUGUUUUAAACCUGUGGCCACUUACGUGGAAAAGAUCAGAAAAUCUGGGAAUCGGUAGUGGGAGAAGGAGUUGUUUACCGAUGGAUUCGAUCAUGGGUUGGUAUCUUGCUAUGGAGACUGGCAAAUUCUGGUUCCCAGCUCAGGUCUAUAACAGAGAGAAUGGGAAUGUGGGGUUUAUGCUUUCUUGUUAUGAUGCUGAACUUAGCUACGACUCCAGUGCAGACAACUUCAAGGCAAGGUACUCACCGCGCGGAAGACGGACAAUUGAGGACAAUAUAGAGUGGGAUAGACUAAGAGGACCCCCUGUUGAUACUCCUGCACAUGUUCUUCAUGUAUCCGAUUGUUUAGACGAUUUGAAACCUGGCGAUCAUAUCGAGAUUCAAUGGAGAAGAAAUGCGGAAUUUCCUUACGGUUGGUGGUAUGGAGUAGUUGGUCAUUUGGAUUCAUGCACGGGGAACAAAUCCCAUUGCCAAUGUUACAAUAGCGACACCGUAGUACUAGAGUUCAAGCAGUACACCCCAGGAUCAAGAUGGAGACAGACAACAAUAAAUAGAAAGGACCAUAGAGAAAUAGGCAAUGCAGCAGAUGGAUUUUAUGGAGGAAUCAGGAAGCUUUACCGCGAGGAGGAGAUCUCAGUUUGGAAGCGCCUGUGGCCAACCCAAGUUGUGGAAUAGCACCAUGACAAACUUCAUCACUCAAGAAUCCUCUAUAAAUCAGCUCCUUCCUCUUCUCAAGGUUUUUUUGCCCCUUUGGUCUGUACGAAUAGAAAUCUUGAUCAUACAAAUGUUGUACGAUGGUAAGUUUUGUAGGGUAUAUAUCUCAUCUGAAUCAUACAAGCGUCGUCUUGGACAUACUUUGACCUCAGUUUGUUAGAUGCAGAGGCCUUGAAUGGUGCAUAUAGUGUAACACUUGCCCUUUACACAUAUCUCGUUUUGUGAGUAUUGCAAAGGAUUCAGUUACCCUGUGCAGUAAAAUCAUCUUGUUUAUUCCCCAUUUAUCUGACAAGUUCAAUGGACAUACAUUUUCUUCUUCUU